GGCACAGGAAAACUGACUGCAUCUAGGCUCUUUCAUCCCCAUUCUCCUAGAAACCCUGGCCAGAGAGAACGGCGUUCUUCUCUCGGACCGAAAGACACCAUGCGGGUCCAGCUCGGACAAGACCGGCGGCGAGGGCGGACAAUGCAUUGUCUAUGUCCUCGGUAUGGAGAUCAACACGGCGAGCUUCGCCAUGUACACGUUCAGCGUAAGCGUCCUGAUCCAGGCACUGCUGGUGGUUAGCAUCAGCUGCGCAGCCGACCACGGCAACUACCGCAAGAAGUUGCUGCUCGCCUUCGCCUGGAUCGGCAGCAUCUCCGUCAUGCUCUACAUCUUUGUCUCGUCGAAUCUCUAUCUCUUUGGCGCGUUUCUCGCCAUCGUAUCCAACACCUCCUUUGGCGCCUCAUUUGUCCUUCUCAACUCCUUCCUGCCUCUCCUUGUUCGGCACCACCCCGAAGUCACCCGGCAAGAGGCCAACUUGCUGUCGUCGUCGUCCAACGGCCAGGGGCCGCAGCACCACGUAAGCACCGACGACGAGGGCACACUAGCCGACUCGACGGCGGCCUUGUUGUCGAGGGACACCCUAGAGGACGGAUACGUCAUGAGCCGAGUGCGGACGCGCGAGGAGCUCACCUCGCAUGAGCUCAACCUGUCGACGCAGAUCUCGGCCAAGGGCAUCGGCAUCGGGUACAUGGCCGGCUUGUUCCUGCAGUGCGUCGCCAUCUUCGUCCUGGUCCGGAUGAAGAACACGACCUGGUCCCAGCGCGUCGUCCUCUUCGUCAUCGGCGCCUGGUGGGCCGUCUUCACCGUCCCGGCAGCCAUGUGGCUCCGCCCGCGACCCGGGCCCCCCUUACCGGCAGCAUCCCGCAGCAGUGGCAUCCGCGCCUUCCUCUCGUACACGCUCUACGCCUGGAGGUCCCUCUUCCGCACCGUUCAGCUCGCCCGCCGGCUCGUCGACAUCAUGCUCUUCCUCGGCGGCUGGUUCCUCCUCUCGGACGCCAUCGCGACCACCUCCUCAACCGCCAUCCUCUUUGCCAAGACGCAGCUGCACAUGGAGCCCUGGGCGCUCGGCAUGAUCAACGUCAUCUCGACCACGGCCGGCAUCGCGGGCGCCUUCUCGUGGUCCUACAUCUCCCGCCAGCUCAGCCUGCAGGCCCCGCAGACCAUCCUCGCCUGCAUCGGCCUCUUCGAGCUCAUCCCGCUCUACGGCCUGCUGGGCUACCUGCCCCUUGUCCGCAGCUGGGGCGUCUUCGGCCUGCAGCAGCCCUGGGAGAUGUACCCGCUGGCGGCCGUCUACGGCUUCGUGCUGGGCGGCCUGAGCGGCUACUGCCGCUCGCUCUACGGCGAGCUGAUCCCGCCCGGCUCCGAGGCCGCCUUCUACGCGCUGUACGCCAUCACCGACAAAGGGUCGAGCGUGUUCGGACCGGCCAUCGUCGGCGCCAUCAUCGACGCCUCGGGCGAGAUCCGGCCGGCCUUUUGGUUCCUAGCUGCGCUCGUCGGGCUACCGGCGCCCAUGAUCUGGUCCAUCAAGGUCGAGAGGGGCCGGCGCGAGGGGGAGAAGCUGGCCGAGGUGAUUGAGGGCUUUAAGGUCGCGCAGAACGGGGAGAUGGAGAGCGACCAGGAAAGCAGGGCGAUUCUCGACGCCUACGACGAGGAGACGGAUCGGUAAUGGUCGCCGGACGUGGGCCUCAUUCAAUGAUCUGUGGAAAACUUUGAGUACUGUAUUCUUUUAUUGCAGUUCUUUUGCAUAGCGACG